UUAUGAGAGUAGCUUUCUCUUUACUUGAUGUUGACGGAUGUGAUGGUGUUGUGUUUCAAAACAUAUUUUUUCAAUGGGGCGCGUCAUUUUAUUGACUUCCCUUGCAGUUUGUAUUCUCUCUCUAGCAUUUAAAUUGAAUUUGUUAACACCGUUUUAUUACAAACUUGGACAGUUUGUUCCUGACUGCAUGAAAGAUGCCGUGUCACGAAUGCCCGUUUUUUCUGGAUGGUUUCCGCAUCCAUCUCGAUCCGAACGUCUGAUGACACAAGAGGAACUUUCAAAAUAUACCGGAGAAGAUGGAACGGAUGUGUAUUUGUCCAUUUUAGGACAUAUUUAUGAUGUAACUAGGGGGCGAAAACAUUACGGACCAGGUGGAGGCUAUAGUUUUUUUGCCGGCCGAGAUGCCUCCCGUGCUUUCGUUUCUGGAGAUUUCGAAAAUGGUUUGACAGACGAUCUCAGUGAAUUGACCAAUGAUAACAUCCUGUCUCUUGAGGAUUGGAAAAAGUUUUACGACAAAGACUACAUUUACAUUGGGAAGCUGAUUGGCACAUUUUAUACUGCGGAGGGAAAAGCAACUAAAGUGAUAGAGGAGUACCAGAACAGUUUACUGCGGGCAUUGGACGACAAAAAACGCCAAGAAGAUAUUGACAGGCAAUUUCCACCUUGUAACUCAGAAUGGAGUCAAGGUGGACAUACCCGUGUUUGGUGCUCAAACCUUAGUGGUGGUAUACAGAGAUCCUGGGUUGGUGUACCAAGGCAGUUUAACCAGCCAGGGAUGCCGAACAGCAGACCCCGAUGUGUUUGUGUUAGAAACAUUGGUCCACCAUCCAAUGAGAUGAACAGCAUGCUUCAUACCAACAAUGGUGACCUAGACAACCCCAAUCUGAAACCUUAUCCAUUAUGUGAUACUCAGGCAGACUCUUGUGUUAUCAUUAAUACCUGAUCAAUAGAUAAAAGUUUAUAAACUUUGUAUAGUUCAAAUUACUAAGUUUUCACCUUUCAUUUUUUUUUCCUAGGAUCAUUUAUUUUGGUUUUGAUGCAAAUAUUUAUUAAUUUUAAAGGUGAUGACCUAUAUUCCCUCAAAACAUGUACAGUUAUACACAUCCAUAGUUUUACUGUGAGCAUCAGUCAUGGACAUAGCAUUUCUAAGCGAAAAGAAGUUCCAAAUGGACAAAAUCCCAUAUUCAGCUACAUGGUGUUGGCGAAGUGACAGCUAUUUUACAUGGAGAACAGCAGAUAGCGUGAAACAGCAAAACCAAAAUAGCAAUCAAACCUGUACAAGACAGCCACUUACAGCAAGUGUUGGUUGCUUACAUCAGCCAGGAAAUGUUCCUGCUAAAAUGCUAAUUUAAGUUCCUGCAUCCAUAAAACAGAUUUUUUUUUACCAUGUUUAUAUAUAGAGUUGUCUUCCAAUGUUACUUUUGAAUGUGUUGCAGGGUGAGUAAAUUGUAUUUAUUAGUUUUUCCCAGAGCUAAGAUACUAAGAAUCCAUUCUCUUGAGCCUUCAUUUCUGAUCAAAGAGUGAGAGUAUUUUUCGUGUCCUUGAAGGGGAAUGCACAGUGUGCACAAAACAGCACCUUGUUUGUUCUAUUAAUAGGAUAAGUGUUUCUGGACAUCAAAAGUUGGGGUGCCCCAUCUGCAUCGAACAGAAUUCAGAGCGUAAACAGGAGGACCUAUCUUGAACACUAGGAAUGUGACUUUGCUUCACCACAUCUCUGUGAAACAAUUCCGUAUAUGCAAGAAAAAGACGGACACAUUUCUGGUGAGGGAGUGAGGAAGCAAGUGUGUAAUGAUUAGUUUUAUUGGUGAGUGGGUGCUUGUGGGAAGUUUUUUAAUUAUUUUUUGUUAUUAAAUGCUGACAGGGCCUGUAAAGGCAAA